AUGCCAGACGAGACCUGCCUGCCUCGCAACCCAUUCUACUUCAGGGAACCCUGUAUGGGGGACAGUAUUGGCAUCGAGGGCACCCGGGCCUACGACGACAGCACAGCAACACUAGGUCCCUGUGUAAUAGUUGGGGGUGGUGCCUACUGGCUCGCCAACUUCCAUCCGUUCAUCAACGCCUUCCAUCACACCCAGGCAGUUGCUGUUCAACAUCCAUCUCCUAUGGAUCGUGAACGCUGCAUGGUAGAGGAGCACGAUACCUUGCCACUCGAGGUAGACUUCUCACUUGGUAAGCUGACUGCCACGUCUGGUCUCGACCUGGAAACUACUCGGGUGUCCCACGACCCUUACUGGGACGAGUGUGGCAAGGAGCCCCCUCUUAUUGUGACCGACUGGAUUCUUAUCAGUUCUCUUUCUCGAAACGCGAACGUAUUGCGACGCUUCCCCUCCGAAACUAUGCCACUCAUGAAGCAGGAAGUCAUAAAAGAUACAGCCCCAAUCACACCAGGUGCCAUCGUCUACUCAACAGGGCGGACAUCAGGCCCACAACGGGGUCAGAUCUGCGAGGUGCCUGCCUAUGUCUCAGCUGCGUCCAACGGUACAGGCAAAGCCACCAGAGAAUGGUUUAUUGAGGAGCUCCUAAGUGAGGACGAACCAGAAGACGAUGAAUGGAUCCGUGGCGGCAUGGGCUGUCCAGGCGACAGCGGCGCUGCCAUCGUGGACGCUGAAUCUAGCGCAUUACUGGGCCAGCUCUGGGGCCGAAAUGCAUACUAUGGUCCUGGUCCGCGCGUUGCAUACUUUACACCUGUCACGGAUCUAUUUGAUGAUAUACAAGAGCGCUGCGCUCAGCAGUCGAGACCCCAGCUUCCGGCUGAUUGCGACGACUCCGACGCAGCAGUCGCGAGUCGUUGA